AUGGGCAACGAGACUGGUGUCCAACGAGAACAUUUCUCCGGGAGAACAGCGAUGGCUAUUCUUAAUAUUAUCCUAGUGAUUAGCAACAGUCUCAUCUGCGCCACAGGUCUUUUCGGCAACUGUUUGGUCAUCUACGUCGUCACGAUGUUUUCCAAAAUGAAAACCGUGACCAACACCUACAUCCUCAACUUGGCAAUUGCAGAUGUGCUGUUUUUAAUUAGCAUUCCUUUUCUUAUCACCACAUCUCUUUACGGAUCCUGGAUGUUCGGAUUUUUCAUGUGUAAGCUUUAUUUCUUGCUAGUGUCCAUUAAUAGUUUCACGGGAGUCUUUACAUUAACUGUCAUGAGCGCUGACCGUUACUUGGCCGUAUGCCACCCCUUGAAAUCUAUGGCCAUGCGCACACCAAAAGUGGCAUUAUUAAUCAUCAUAUGCAUAUGGAUAACGUCUAUACUCAUCAUGUUGCCUGUUCUCAUGUAUACAACUACUGUUCCAAGUCAGAGAGACCCUCGCUUAGAAACCUGUGCAAUGGCGUGGCCGGAAGACCAGCCUCUUUCUCCAGAUAAAGCAUUCAUUUGGUAUAAUUUCUUAUUUUCUUACGCCAUUCCUUGCAGUCUGAUUUCAUUUUUUUAUAUUGGUGUUGUGAUGCGACUUCGUGCUUCGGGGCCAGUGAAGAAAUCACUAGAGAAAAAGAAAUCGCAGAAAAGGGUCACAAGAAUGGUUCUCAGCAUAAUAAUGGUAUACAUCAUUUGCUGGCUUCCCUACUGGGUUUUCCAGUUAGAUCUAGCCGUCCGUGUACAAAAACCGCCCACGUUAUGGCGCAUAGUAAUGUUCCAGGCAUUCAAUCUGAUGACAUACGCCAACAGCAUGCUCAAUCCACUUUUGUAUAAUUUCCUCAGCGAUAAUUUCCGAAAGAGUUUUGCCAAGGCAUUUAAAUGCGUUGACCGUUUCGAAGCGAACCGUUCACUAAGAGCCGAGAAUAGCAUCUACCCGAAAGGCAAGGAGGGUUACUCACAAACAACGACUGUUGACAAACACGAGCUGACCAAUUACACCAAUUGCGUGAUGAACAAACAGAUUGAUGACGAAGGAAUCAAUAUUGAAACACAAACAGAAAAUAUUCUCCCGACGACAUCGGAGUUAAAUGAAGAAGCCGACAAUUAA